AUGGCAGUGGUGCAAACUCAGGUAAGCACCACGGUAACAGUGGGCCCGGUCGCGCCCCCGCCCGCCCCCAAGCCGGGCAACUGGAGCACCGGCCUGUUCGACUGCUGUGCGGACAUGUCAUCAUGCUGUUUUGCGUUCUGGUGCUUCCCGUGCAUGCAGUGCCAGACGACCGGCAAGCACGGCUGGUGCUGUGCAAUGCCCCUGCUGGACCCCCCGUCCUGUCUGGCUGUCACCUGCUGCAUACGCAAGUCUGUCCGCCACAAGUUCAACAUUGAGGGAUCCGUGUGUAAGGAUAUAUGGGCAACUCUCUGUUGCUACAUGUGUGUGUGGUGCCAGAUGUCCAGGGAGUUGAAGACUCAGGAUUAACCCAUUGAUGCCUGGUGCUGCGUUGCGCAACAUUGGCCCGGGCGCCUGGAGCUGCAUUAUGCAACAUUCAGGCUCAUGAGAUUUGAGACAACUUUAAUAAAAAUAUUUGUUUGUUUGAGAUGAAGGAACACAUUCUAAUGAAAGAUGAGGGUCUUAGCGUUUAAAUGCAACUUAUUGCAUGUUUUCAUGUGCUUCACAGUCUGAGAUAUUUAGGUUUUUAUAGGCUGAGGGCGGCUUUUCUUAAAAAGGGCUCAGGCGUUCAGGACCCUUUUUUGCAGGUGCCUUAGGCGUCAAUGGGUUAAGAACCACGGCAACCCACCAUCCAUACAAGAGAGGAUAAAAGAGAAAUGGACAACACACACAUAUGCACUGCACAAACUCAACUCAGACCUUUACCUUUUUUUCUGGAAAUUAAUUCUCACCAUCCUUAUCUCAGCAGGUUUCAAGGUGUGUCUUGCACAUGUGAAAAAAGGCACUUUUGUCAUACCCAAGUAAAGGAAACAAACAUGGUUUUGACAUUCUUUGAGCCUUUCGCUUCAGAAAUGUUGUAAUUGACCAUCACUGUCACUACUAGUUAGACUGGUCCAUUAUCUGUUUGACUUUGAAGUAACUAUGAGAAACAAUGGUGAUGUCAAAAGUUACAGUCAAUCACAUAUUUCACAACUUGUACU